AUGGCAGCCAUGGUGGCCGCCCCGAAUCCGCAUGACCCACCUGAUUCAGGCAACCUUGGUGUCACGGCCAACAUCAAGCCGACGCACGCACCUGCUUCGUCUGCGCCGCCACCGGUCAUCCCAACAAGUCUGCUCUCCGUUGAUGAGCAGAGGAGGUUGAUACUUUGGGCCGUUGGGUUGAUCGAGGUAAUGAAACUCUGGGAUGUUCUGGCCCCCCACUUUGCUGCCGACCUACCAGCCUCCUUGUCCAGCGCAGCUCGAGUCAGAGGCCCAUGGUCCGCCGGACUCUGGGCUGGUGGUGAGCUGGCCGCAGUUGCCGCCAUCGCCCUCUUGAGAAUUCCGGGCCUCAGCCCGAGUUCAGGUCGAAUCGUGGCCCUGGUCCCAUUGCUAGUGGUUUGGAACACCAUCUGUUGGUUUCUCGCCGAGCCCCUUGCAUUCGUUCCCAAGGUCAGCAUGUUUGGCCCCGUUCAUCUUGGCGAGGAAGGUAUUUUCUGGGGUUGGCUUUACCUCGUGAGGCACAUUGCCUCUCGCCUUUUGUUUGGUGAACCCGAACACAUUGAAGGUAUCCACAAGAUCCGACUCUUGCCAUACAGCACAGCAACUCUCAACCCGCUGUCACUCACCUACUGUCUUCCGCCUGGUUCCCGUGAGCCCAUCUUCGUUCCCGUCGUGUUCAACAACUCGGCGCCUGACCAGGUGGUUUACCACGUCCGUUCGCUCGUCGACCAACAUGCCGAGGUCUUGACCGUUCCCGCUGCACUCAUGAAACGCCCGGUUGGGUGGCAAGUUCCAGUCACCGACGAGGAUACCGAGGACACCCCCGAGGAAUCGCUGUCCGAGAUCAUUGCUCGCUCAAAGCAGCUCGACCUCGCGCGCUUCCACUCUGUUCGUCCAGCUGAAUCCCUGUCCAUCAUCCCACCAGAUCUCUCGACUUCCGAGUCGCUCCUCUUCAUCACCGUCACUCAGCCGUCCGUCAUCGCCCUCAGCUCAGUAUCCGACAAGCACGGUGACCGGUUCCACGUUGCCCCCCACCGCGAGGCCGUUGUCAUUGAAUGUCCCACCGGUGGUGAAUUUGUCACUGAAGAAAAGGGCAAGAUGUCCGUGGUUCCUCACAAGCGCGUACCUGAGAUCCGCUGCGUUGGAGGCGAAGAAGUGGCCAACUUUCAAGUUCGUGGUGUUGCACCACUCAAGGUUGGCUGGAGGAGGAGUGUGGACGGAAAGGUCGUCGCCCAAGGUGUAGUCGAAGGCAUCGACGAGGACGCGCUUCAAGAUGCCGAGUCUCUCAAGCGCGACCGUGUCUCCAAGACCCACACAGUCCCACUUCGUGUUACGCACGACCGCGCUGGAAAGGUCGCUGUGACUCUCACAUCAGUCGUGGACGCUCUGGGCAACAGCUACUCGCCUCCCAGUGCGUCCGCAGUGCUCGAGUACCACGUCCUUGAGCACCGCUCAGUCUCGUUCACCUGCCCUCGCCCCAUCCAAUUGCUGGUGAACGGCACUGCAAAGCUUCCCGUGCACGUGGACGGUCCCCUCGCCUACCCUUUGGACCUCACCUACGCAUUCACGUCCACUGCUGGUGCCGUCAAGACCCACACAAUGUCUGUUGACAAGACCGAUACCUCCCUCCAAGUCAAUGAGCCAGGCACCUUCUCCCUCGUGGACGUGCAGGGCCGUUGCCCUGGUACUAUUCUCGAACCAGCUUCCUGCAACGUCCAGCUCGUACCAGUUCCUUCGGUGGAGUUGAGUGUUACGACACUCCACGAGUGUGCGAUGGAUGUUGGUGUUACUGUGACGUUCGAGUUCACUGGUGCACCCCCGUACACCGUGCUUUUGGCCGAGGGCAGGCAAGGAAGUCCCAAGAAACCCGCACGCAGAGUACACUUUAACACGCCUGGGGGCCAGAUGGAGUUCCGCCCAGAGCAGGAGGGCACGUACAGCUAUAGCUUCCUUGCUCUCUCGGACGCGCACUACCGCGACGUGCCUCUCAACCAGCCUCCUGUUGUUCAAGUCGUCCACCCUCCCGCAAGUGUGGACAUUACUGGCGUUUCGCAACGUUCGCUGUACGCAUGCUCUGGGGACAAUGUCGACCUGGAUCUUGCGAUCGAGGGCAAUGACCCGCUCAAGCUCACGUACCGCACGUCAUGGGGUGGCGACUCGUACAAUGUCACCGUUCCCGUCAAGUCGGGCAAACAGCGCUUGACAGUUCCGGUCCCGGAAUCAUUGCGAGCCGAUUCGGGGGCCGCUGGCAAGCUCUCUAUUGCGCUCGUGCAUAUUGAAGACUCGAACGGGUGCGUCAAGCGCUUGCCUGGCCGUGUCGUCGACGUCGACAUCAACCGCCACCGUGCCACUGCUCGUCUGGCGCGCUACGAAACGGUAGUCGUCAAAGAGGGUGACUCGGUCGAUGUGCCGCUUCGCCUUACCGGUAAAGGGCCAUGGGAGGUCGCGUACUCGCUCAACGGCAAGGCCCACGACAAGGUUCAAGUUCACCAGGCCAACUCGCAGCUCCGUUUCGCUGCUCGCGGAAGCUACCAACUCACUUCGGUCCGCGACACACACUGUCCCGGUACAGUUGACGACAAGGUGUAUGCUAUCGAUUUCAAGCCUCGGCCGUCGGCAUCUCUUGUAGAGACGACCACCGUAAAGCGCGACGGUACGCAAUAUCGCCACGUUGGAAUGUGCGCCGGUGAAGACGAUGCCGUCGCGGUGCAAUUCACGGGCACAUCUCCCUUCGAGGUCACCUACAAGUACGAGCUUGUCGGUGUUGGGGCUCGAGACCAUGCAGUGAAGAGCGCGCAGAAUGUGGGCAUCCUCCAGCUGUCUCCCGAACCGGGAACCCACUACUACCGCUUCACGUCUGUACGCGACGCCAACUACGACCGUACCCCCGUCUCAUUCACACUUGAGAACACUGUCCAUGGACGCCCUUCCGCAACGUUUGCUCGCACCAACACCGUCUCGCUGUGUCGUGACUCGCCUCUUGACACGGACGCCAAGGUCCGCCUCACUGGUGCUGCUCCGUUCGAGCUCACUGUCGGUGUUCGCCGUCCUGCUUCCGCAGAGGUUGUCCCCCACAAGAUCAAGGUCCAUGGACACGAGUGGUCCGUCUCACUCCCCUCCGAGGUUCUCUCGGAUGUGGGACGAUGGGAGGUGACCCUCAUGUCCGUGUCCGACUCUAGUGGAUGUGACUAUGUGGUUGCCGACGACGAUGUUCUCUCUACCACUGUCGAUGUGGUUGAGACAGCCAAGGUCGUCCCGGUGUCGCACGACGAUGACCUUUGUGUCGGUGAUACUCUCGAUUUCCUUCUCCAGGGCAAGGCUCCGUGGAUUGUCGAGUACGCGUGGAACAGCAAGGUUUACACCGUCACCAGCAGUGCUGCCAGCUUCAGCCGUGGCGCCGAGAGCCCUGGCACGUUUGAGAUCAAGAGUGUCGCGCUCAAAGACCGCUUUGGUAACGCUCAGUGCCAGCGCGCAGUGGCCAUUGAACGUCGUGUGCAUCCCCUGCCUUCGGUCCGCAUCCAGGACGGAAUUGACAGCCUGCGUGAGGGUGACCAGCCGGCGGUAUUCGACGUUCACUUUACCGGUACUGCGCCAUUCACCUUCUCCUACACGCGCUCGGAGUGGGUUAACGGUCGCUCCCGUGUUGUCGAAACCCAGACUGUGACAGACAUUUGGGCCGACCACUACGCCAUCAGUUCCUCGGCGCCUGGCGACUAUGCGGUGACGAGUAUUGCCGACAAGUACUGUCGCUACCCCGCGCUUGGCAAGAGGGCCGACGUGUAG